AAAUUGUGACAUUUCAGACCAAAACAAAGAUGAACAGGGACAUUCAAAAACUAAAUGCACAAUAGACACUUUUUUACAAUUACAGAAAGAGCAGUUGUAAUCUACAUCCAGAUGAAAAAUGCUCUUGUUUCUUUAACAGGAUAUAUUCUAUGAGCAAUUUUAAAGCACACUUCUUUGGUUUUAUUUGUAACACAAUACCAACUGAGAACUCCCCAAAAAUGGUCCCACUCAAAUUAGAUUUAGAUCUUCAGAUCGUAUAAAUAUUUAGCCUUUUACAUAAUGAAAGUAGUGCGACGCGUCCGAUGCAAAGAAUUUCAGUUGUUUUCUGUCAUUCAUAAGCAAAGAUACUGGGGUUGGUUGGAUCAGGGUUAUUAUUUUUUUUAAUUAAACAUUGGAAUAUGUUGAUCCACAUUCACUGAUAUCAACUGAUUAAAAGAUUAAAACCUGUAAGAGGUCAACCCAUUGUUUGUCAAAAUAUUCUCCCAGUAUUCAUAUUAUAGGACUCGAAUAAUAUAUUUUGUAAACAGAUGAUUCUUUAAAUAUUACACUUGGUCCCUCUCAAAUCCUAUUCAAAGUAGGUGGAUGCUAUGACAGGCAGUAAAACAUUAAAGUGAUAAAACAAUUUAUGAUAUGUAAAUCAUAAUCUUUUUAAACUAUGUUAGUUGAUAUUAAAAAUAUGAUUGUCAGGCAGACGUGUGGUGUAGAGUGGUUUCAAAUGAAUGUUUUCAUUUUUUCUGUUGGUUUCGAUUUUAACACCAAGCCCACAACAAAACUUUAUUCUUGUGCCUAGUUUAUUCGGAAAGUGGACUGUGCUGACCUCUGCUGGAGGAAAUAAUCUUGUGCAUCUAUGUCAUCUCAUAAUUAUUACCUAGUAUAUGCCACAGUUUCGACUUAUGUCAUAAUAAUUUACAAAAGCAUGAUUUUUUUCUUAAGUAUCAGAAUACAUGAGUAUUGAAAAAAAGCAUACCAUUAUCAUUAAUAAAAUCAAUACAAUUAGUUUAUAUUUAUUGGCUGCAGCCAGGUGACGUCGUUUAUAGAACGCUUCCGCAAUGUGAUAACGAUCAGCAAUACCUUAUAAUACCUUACGAUAACAGCAGUUAUAUUCGCCUUGCUGCAGGCCGAACUGAUACUGUGGAAGAUGUUCUAACGUCAUUUUUCGAACUUCCAGACAAUUCUCGUUGAGUUAAAACAGCGCCGUAUAUAGAUGGAGGUUCCUGACGAUUUUAAUUUUAGUGACCGUGCAGUUGACAGUCCUGAAUAUAAGAGGCGGAGAAAAUAUCCUGAACUUCAGAAGCCAACUGAUGGGCAUGAAAAACACUUAGCAUUGUUGCCACCUACAGUGCCCCUUAAAAUCUCUCAUGGCUUUAAAAAAAACUUGCCAGCAUUGGAAGAGACUCCACACAGCCUGUCUAGGAUGACAGAGCUCACCACACAAACAUCAGGUGCAGAUGAAAAGCCCAGUGACCCCUCUGAACUAAAAUAUAGGAAGAGACAGAGAGAAAUCUAUGAGAAACAAGACAUGGGAGCUGAGGAGAUUGUACAGCAGUAUAAGCUGUCAGUCAAAAAGAAGUAUGAGAGUGUGUUGAGCUUCCUGUGUGGUGAACAAGAGUCGUUUUCUGCCCUGUAUACUGCACCAGUGAUCGUGCAAAAAAAUGCAAAUGGAAGUUUUAAGAACAUCUGUUUGUCUGAGUUGUUUCAGUUGUAUGGUCUGAUAACUAUCAUUCUCCAAGGUGACUCUGGCAGUGGUAAAACCAUCAUAGCACAGAAGAUUAUGUUGGACUGGGCAUCUGACGCAGUUUCUGUUAGACGUUUUAAGUUAGUUUUCUAUCUGAAGUGUGAAGAGCUGAUGUGUAUUUCUGAAGAGAUGAACUUAAUUCAACUCCUGAGCUACACUUGUAGUUUAACAUCAGAAGAGAUCUCACAGAUACUACAGCAGUCACCAGAGAAGGUGCUUUUCAUCAUUGAUGGAUUUGAUGAGUUGAGACUUACACAGGACAUUUAUGACAUGUCAGCGCACACUAAUCCACUUCAAAAAGCCCCACCUGAAGUCAUUCUUUUUGCCCUCUUAAGAGGUCGCAUCCUGCCAAAGUCCUUCCUGCUGGUCACCACCAAAACUAAGGACACAGUAAACAAGCUGCUGAAAGGACAACCAUGUUUCACUGAGAUCAUGGGCUUUUAUGAGAAGGAGGUGGAGAAGUACUUCCAGAAGUUCAUCUUCAUUAAAGCAUAUUAUUCUGUGAUAGCAAAUGAAACCCUUUUCACUGCCUGUUCCAUUCCCAUUAUCUGCCGUAUCAUCAGUGAUAGGGUCAAAUUAGGUGCAGUAACAAACAAAGUAAAAACCACUACUUCCAUCUACGCUGACUUUGUGUCCACUCUACUGGAGCAUCACUGCCAGGGUUUAAGUCAGUCUGUGCCGACCCUGCUGAGGAGUCUGGGUCAGCUGGCAGAGAGAGGGAUGCUGGAACAACAAGUGCUGUUUGAUGAGAAAGGCUUGCAUGAAAUUUCAGACCCUGCUUACAGUCCAUUCCUGUCCAGGUUACUCUUUAAAAGAAGAAUCUGGCAGGAGACAAUGUUCAGUUUCAUGCAUUACAGCUUUCAGGAGUUCUUCACCGCUCUGUUCUAUGUUCUUCUGGAUGAAGAAGAGUCCCAGGAAAAAGUUAAAGAGCUGCUUCACACUGUAGAGAGAGGAUGUGUUUUUUCCUCUUGGACUUAUGGAGACUUUUCAACAGCAGAUGUUGAAGUAAGACAUGCAAAACUGCUGCAGCCUGUGAUUCUGUUCCUCUGUGGUCUCUGUAAGAAAAAAUGGAUCCCAUCAUUCUUUGAAAAGCUCAACAUGGCUGUCUCUAUCAGUGUAGAAACCCAGCUAAAGGAAUGGAUCAAUCAGUGUUCACAGAGAUAUCAAAAUGAACACAUGCUGUUCAUUCUCCAUUGUCUCUACGAGCUUCAUGAGAAGAGCUUUGUUGGAAAGGUCUUGGAUGGUUUGUUUUUGAUAGAUCUGUCGAAUACACCACUGAAAAUGGCAGAUUGUUGGGUGUUGAAGUACUGUUUAAAGUGUUGUGAACACAUCAGAAACCUGAAACUCCAUGUAACAUCUGAUAAUCUGAAGAUGCUCCAGCCUGAACUGUCCCGCUGUAAAGAGCUGUGGUUAAUGAUGGAUCACAUUUCAGACGAUGUUGUUUGUUUGAUCACAGCUGCUGGUGAAGGAAAGAUUCUGCAUAAACUGAUUAUAAAGCUGCUUGAAAACAGUGGAGGUGUGUUCUGCCCAGAGACUGUUUCAGUCAAAAAUAAAGACAUCACGUUGUCUGUUUGCUCAUCAGUGGUCACAGAAACAUCAUUAAAGACAGAAUUUACUCUAACCUGUCCAAACACAUUGAUUUCCAUCAUCAAGUGGGUGAAAACACAGAAUGAGCGGGCUAUGUACAGUUACAGUUAUUUUGGACUUGAGGAAGAGGAAAUUCGUCUGUUGAUGUUCCUGAAAUCUCUGUCUGGUUUGAAGAAAGUCUGUCUGCAGGUUUCAAAUCUGACUAACAAAUUGGCCAAAAACAUCCUGUACCUCAUUCAGGAUUGUCCCAGUCUGACUGAAUUCAGUUUAAAUAUCAGAAAAAGCAUCCUGGUGCAAAUCCAGUCCCUGAUGGAAAAAUUAAAGCAGAUGGGUUGGACUCUGACGGUCUGGAGGACAUCCCUGUUUAUACAGCCAGAUGUGGAGAGAUUCACAAAGGUGGAGGUGAAGACAAAGAGAGAAAUGAAGGAGAGUAAAGUAGGUGAGAGUUCAGAUUCUGUGUCUUAUUCAUCAUUAAAAGUUGAAUCGCCUACUGAACAAUCAUUCUCAGAAAAUGCAGAAGUGUUCACACCUGAACUUAUUCAGAGAGGUGAUGAGGACAAACACAAGAAUACAUACAGGUUUCUGUGUGCACAUGCUGGUCAGUUUCAGUGCAGUCUGACCAACCUUGUGUUUGUGAUGGAGGGUGAAGGAAAGAUACUGUAUAACAUUGUUUCAUGGGAUCCCCGUCUUUUGGAUGGUUUGGGUCAGAUGAAGCCUGCAGGACCCUUGUACAACAUUGACUGUGCUGCAGGUUCAGUCUCACAACUGCACCUUCCACAUUGUGAAAUAUUCACUGAGAAAAAUACGGACGGUUUGGCUGUAGCACAUUUCACUGGUGGUAAUAUAGAAAUGAUACAGCCAUUCAAUGUGACUAAAUCUCAUGUGAUCAUUGACAUCAAAGACCUCUCCAUAUUUGGACUCAUAAAAAAGAUAUUUUCUGGUUCCCCCAUUGUUGCCCAAGUGUUGUUGUUCCUUCGACCUGUAACUGUUGAGCAGGAACAGAAAAUACUUAAUGUCCAUUUGCUUCCAGGGAACGUUCCAGUAUCAGAGGUCCAGUGCUACCACCAGGAUAAAACAUACAUUGAGACAAGUUCACAAUGUCAUCUGUUUCCUGGCAGACAAUACAGUCUGUGUUGUCAGCCAGAGAAAUGUGAAGUGCAACCAAUGAGUGAGAUUUUUGAGUGUAAUAAUUUUGGCCAAAACCAUCAUCCCACGUUUGAAGUGUUUCUGGAUGUCAACAUCAAGGAGGUCAGAUUGGGUGUUUUGGACAAAAGUGUAGAUGGGACGGAAGUGUGGAACAGACGGCGAAUCCUUCUCACAGCACCAAGUCAAGGUUUAGAACCUCCUGCUCAAAGAAGGAUCACAGAAACUGAAUUUGUGAACAAACACAGAGAUAAACUCAUUGAGAGAGUUUCAUCGGUGAUGACUAUUGCUGAUGGUCUGAGGACCAAAGACAUGAUUCCAGGUGAAAUGUACAGUAAAGUUCAUGCUGCAGAACCACGGCAGGAGAAAAUGAGACUCUUGUUGGAUAUUCUUGAGUCUGGAGGAGCUGCUGUAAAAGCAGAAUUCUACAGACUGCUGAAGAAGAAUGAACCUCAUCUAGUAGAUGAACUGGAGUCUGGACCAGCUGACUACAGUAAUGCUGAGAAAUUUCAGUCAGAUUGAGACAUAAAGCAUGUAAUAUACAUGUAAUGGCUGACGCUAUUGUUUACAAUACAACUGGAGCACAUGCAGCUGAGCUGAGGGGCGGGACGUUUAGAUGUGCAGUAGAGGCGGUUUAGCGAAUCACAACACACUGAGCCAGCUAACCAAUCAGAGCCCAUCAUGUAUUUCUGAGGGAGGGGCUUCAUAAAAACAGGAAAUAAUCGAGGCGUUUGUCAGAGAAGGGACAGAGCGGUGUGGAAUAAAGGUAAAUUAUAUGAAAAAUAAUGCGUUUUACAUGUUAGACUGCACCCCAUAAACACAAUCAAGCCUAGAAAAAAACCAGUAAACCACCCCUUUAAUAUACCAAGUUAUUGAAGUACUGAAAUCUGUUUUGUACCUUUGUAUUACACUGAUAACCAACAAAUGCAGGUGGUGAUGAGAAAGUCACAUGAUGAACCAAAGCCCAUCACAAGCAGAUUUUAAAUAAUAACAUAUAUAGAAGGUGCAGAGUGUCAUUCACACAAACAUUAAACAUCAUCUUGGUGAGACUCAUUAAACUGAAAUAUGCAAUAAACAUUCAUUUAACAACAUUAGAUGUAACAUACAACCCUAAUAAACAUAACUGAUAAGAAAAAAACUAAGAAGAAACCUAGUUAUUUCAAAGAAAAAACAUCAAAUUCAAACAAAAUUUGAAAUGCAACGCAGAGAAUUCUGGGAAUGUCAAUUUAUGGUUUUUCCCUGUAAAUUUUACGUUCUUUUUCACUUCCAAAAGCGGUAUUUCACCGUAAAAUUGUCUGAAAUGUCUAUUACAGUUUUUCACCGUAUAUAUUAGGGCAGGGGUUCCCAAACUCGGUCCUGGAGCCUCCCCAACACCGCACAUUUUGCAUGUCUCCUUUAUCAAUCACACCUGAUUCAACUCAUCAGCUCAUUAGUACACUGUAAAAAAUGAUGUGAUGAAAAAGUCAUGACAACUUAUGUUUUAAAGUUACUUUAACUCAUAAAAAUAAUUUAAGCAAUUUCAACUUUUUUUUUGUAAGUUAUGCUAGAUUCAACUUGAUUUUUUAAGUCAGUUUAAUGUUAUUGAAAUUCAAGGAGACCAAUUUAAUUCAGUGAACUUAACAUUUUAAGUUCUAACUUACUGGCACACUGUAAAAACAAAAAAAAAGUUGAGCCAACUUAAAAGUUUGCGUGACUUAUUUUUGUGCACUGUAAAACCCGACAAGUUAGGUUAACUCAAACUGUUUGAGUAAACUUAUUGCCUUAAACCAUUUACAUUUUUAAAACUAACAAUUAUGAGUGCUCUGAACUUAUUUCAGUUGAGUUCACUAAAAUAAGAUAUACAUUGCAAUUAAGUGAUUAAUUGAGUAAUAAUUGAGCAUUAGUGAUGAACACCUGCUGUUAACAAACACAAUCACUGAAGAAAAAGAAACACAAGAACAACUAACUUUAGUCACAGCCUUAGAUGAAAUCAACUGAAAUAAAAUACAUUAAAUCUCUCAAGACCUGAUUAAACAACCCCACAAACAGCAUCCACUUAUUAAUAAUCAGACUGACUUUAUUUCUGUCAGACAUCUACAGAAGAUCUUAUUGAGAAUUAACUAAGGUUUAGAUGUUGAUUUAUUGUUUCAUUUGAAGUAACCAUGUUAGAGAUCAGUGUCUGCUUUAGAUGGGCUCUUGACCCUUGACUUCUUUUUUUUCCCCCUCCUCUUUUUCUCUGGCUGUUGUAACCAUGUGUUCCUCAAACAUAUUUGUUACAACUCAAAAGCCCAGAGAAAAUGAUCAGUAGUUGGUUGUUAUAUGUUUAUAAUGACAAUCAUCUGUUAGCGAACUGAUCUCAUUGUGUGUCUAAUCUCUGAUUAAAUGGAUGUUGUAUUGAUUAUAGUAUGAGUGAUUCUAAGAGCCAGUGGUUCCGUGAUAGUCAGUUAAUAGAAAGGACUUUCCAAACAGUUUGUCCACACAAAGUUUUAAUCUAUGGUAGCAACUAGACUCACACAGACAUCAAGAAUCAGCUUGUGAACCUCAACAAUGGUGACCAUUAUGAAACAAGAAAAAAAAGAAAAUUCAUGCUGCAAUGCAUGCUGGGUACUAGCAUAGUACAAAACUCAUCCAUGGAUCCCAGCAUGCAUUGCUGCAUGAUUUUUUUUAUUUAUUUAUUUAUUUUUUAUAUGGUCACCAUUGUUGAGGUUCACAAGUGAUUACUUUUUUUUUUUAACUUGACAUGAUUAGUUGAAACAACUAAUACUGAAAAGUCCAAUCAACUUACAGAGAGCAGUUCAGCGCCAGUCAGGAUUUUACAAAGUGAGUUGAAAUGACUUGUAUUUGUAAUUUGUUUAUACUUAAAAAUUUAAGGCAGCUACAAAACUUAUGUUUUUAAGUUGAAAUAGGUGGAAAUUUUUUACAGUGUAGCAACUCCAAGACCUGAAAUGGGUGUGUCAGACAAAGGAGACAUGCAAAAUGUGCAGUGUUGGGGAGGCUCCAGGAACGUGUUUGGGAACCCCUGUAUUAGGGGAACUUACCGUUAGCCAUUUAACAGGCUUUUUCAGAGUUUUUUACCGUUAAAAUCACGAUAAUUUUUUAUUAAGUAGGACACCACAUGUUAUUGUUUUAAGCCUUUAUUGAGAAAAUGUUUAUAACAUGUAUUAGCAAGACUGUAGCUAGAGAUGAAUUAGCAAGAGCGUUGAAGAAAAAAGAAGGUGGACAGUACCUCAGCUGGUGUGUUUCAGAUGAAGAGUAGAAGACAGCAGAGCAAAGAAUCCCGAAGAAGAAAAAUGAGAAGAUGCAAAGUCUUUUAUACACCACUUCUGAGGGGAUUUCCAGUAUGAUGUCACAAGACAUUGGGAUCCACCUGCUGUCUAUAAGAGACUGAAGUGCAAUGAUGAAAUCAGAUGCUGCUUCGAGACCAGCUGAAGAGCUCUCCGGCACCAGAACCAUCGCUGAUAUUGCUUUGAGCAAGGAACUUUUUCAUAUUUAUACUUUAUUCAAUACUUAUAUACAGUAGUUGUAGAAUAUUUGUACUGCUUACUUAAUAACUGUAAUAAUAAACUGACUUGUAU